CGGCCUCGGCGUGGCGAGGCCCGGGGCGGAGCUGCUGUCCCUGGCGGGCAGGAGGACUGCCGCGGCCCGGCGGGGCUGGCGGGCCGCACCGGCGCGGGGCAGGAGGCCGGGAGGAGGGCGCCGCAGCGCGCUAGGACUUGACCGUGCGCGGCCGGCCGCCGGAAGACUGGAGCUUCGCACCAGGCCACGUCGCGAGUGAGCGCCCCCCGCCGCCAGGCCCUGCUUCCACUUUCAUUUCUCCCGCGGUCCCGGGGUGGCACCGCCGGAAGGCGACCCGGGCGGGAGAAGGCUGGCGACCCCGAGGCCCAAGGUCCUAGGCUCACCUCGGCGAAAGCCGGGACGAGGUGGCAGUGCGGAGGGGGGCGUGUCUUUGGGAGCGGAAACGUCAAGCCGGCUCCUCCAGGGGAUCCUGAGGUCUCUGCCCCCGGACACCCAGCUCCACCAGUUCUGAACAUGGCACUGUGCCUGAAGCAGGUGUUUGCCAAGGACAAGACAUUCAGGCCUCGAAAGCGCUUUGAGCCAGGCACACAGCGCUUUGAACUGUACAAGAAAGCACAGGCAUCGCUCAAGUCAGGCCUAGACUUGCGCAGUGUGGUGAGGCUACCACCUGGUGAGAGCAUCGAUGACUGGAUCGCAGUCCACGUGGUGGACUUCUUCAACCGCAUCAACCUCAUCUAUGGCACCAUGGCGGAGCGCUGCAGCGAGACCAGCUGCCCGGUCAUGGCCGGCGGACCGCGCUAUGAGUACCGCUGGCAGGACGAGCACCAGUACCGGAGGCCUGCUAAGCUCUCCGCACCGCGCUACAUGGCAUUGCUCAUGGACUGGAUCGAGGGCCUCAUUAAUGAUGAGGACGUCUUUCCCACGCGUGUUGGAGUUCCCUUCCCCAAGAACUUCCAGCAAGUUUGCACCAAGAUACUAACCAGGCUCUUCAGAGUCUUCGUCCACGUCUACAUCCACCACUUUGACAGCAUCCUCAGCAUGGGGGCAGAGGCUCAUGUCAACACCUGCUACAAGCACUUCUACUACUUCAUCCAAGAGUUCAGCCUGGUGGACCAGCGGGAGCUGGAGCCACUGAAGGAGAUGACAGAACGCAUCUGUCACUGAAUCCAGUCCUGGACAUUGUUGGACCAUCUGAACACAGCAUGGCUAGUGGAGGAGACUCUUGGGAUUCUGGUGAUAGAAGAAUCUGAAGGCUCCAGGACUCCUUUGCAUACCCAGUGCCUCCAGACUUCUUUUGCUGUGAAGUCUGUCUGUGUGUCCCCCUGACUAUGAAUGGAGAAGAAAAGGGCUUCAAGUGGCAAACAGAAGGAAUGGAGGAAUCAAAACCCCGGCAAGAGGUCUGGGAGUGGGGUGGGAUACCAGGUUCUUUUCCAUUACUUGACCCUUCCAUGCUGGUUCCCAGGCCUGUUUGGGAAGUGUGUGUAUGGCAGAGGUAAUGGCAAGAAAGGUGCAAGAGAGGAGUGCCUGUGUGUGAGUAAGCCCAGACACCAGUGUGAGUGUGUCUGUGAGCAUGAUUUUGACCUUAGAGUGUGCCUGAAAGCCAGACCCUCCCUGGCACAUAAAUGGGCCUUCACAGAUAUUGGAUGGAUGGACCAUUGGAUGUAUAAAAAGACUGGGACUAUUUGACCAUGACCACUAUAGGAAUAAUGACAGGCCAGUAUCCCCACUCAGGGUAUCUGACCAGAUGUGUAAGUACAUAAAAUGCAGUUGGAGAGGUAGUUCUACAGGUAAGCCUUUCAGACAACCAUCUUCCACCAGCAUGAAUCCUGGGGUGCUAAGUGGAAGUUGGAAAGGGGAGCUUUACCUGAGUUCCUUAAAGCCCAGGCCAACCACAUUUCUGAUUUUUUCAGCCAAGGAUGCUAAACAAUCUGUCAUUUCACUCAUCCCUGUCUCUAGGGGAGCCCUAUAAUAAGUCUUCUAAGCUUCAAGAUGAUCCUUUAUGUCCAUGAAGAUCUCCUGUCUCUUAAACUGGGAAUCAUGUUCUCCUGUUUAGCUCCCAAAUCUACAGGCCUGACUCAUAGGCUCUGAAGCCCAGCACAAAAUAAACCUUCAGCCCAAAACGCCAGUGGUACUCGACUUGGGAAGUAUGUGGAAUCUUGUCUCCCAUCCCAGGACACUGAGGAUCACGUAGCUAUGGAGAGCCCCUAUCCUAAAAAUACUUGCCUUCUUCCCAACCAUCUCAGAGACAGUCAGCUGGCUGAUCUCCACACAGCUAUUCACAGAGAGGCUGGGAUGUUCAAUCAGCAGCCCAUUACUCAGUACUUCCAUGCCCAGCCCUGUGCCCAGACCCAUGUGUGUGGGAACUGAAGCAGGAAGAGGAUUCUACCCUCCUGGAACCUACACUGAGAGGCUAGGAUGGAGAACCAGAAGGGCCCUGAGAAUCAUCCAGUCUCAGUUUCUCAAUAUACAACAGAGGAAACUGAAGCCAGGUAAAGGGAGAAAAACUGUCCAUCCUGAGGAUGAGUCUUGUGGAGCUGGAGUAAAAUCAAGUGUUUGUGACUCCCAUCCCAGGGCUCAUUGAUUAUUACACAGAGAUGCAUAUGGAAAGAGGUUUUCUCCAGGACACGACUGUUCUGCUUUAAGCAAAGAUUUCUAGCCAGAUGGCAAGAACUAUAACACUUUCUUGGAUUGGCUGGGGUUGUCUGCCAAGCCAACCCUCCAAAAUCAUGUUCCUUUCAUGGCCUAGAAACUGCCUGUCCUCUGGGGAAACCACUGAAGGCUUGCCAGCCGAGCCUGGGAUUUCUGCCUCUGCCGGCUCCAAAGAAUUUCCCAAGAGACAUAUUCUGGCAUGGCAACUUUACCAGCAGCUCCAAAGUAAAGGGAGUAGGAGCUUCCUCCAGCAUUGGCUGUGGCUUACACGAUGGAUUCUAGGCUGUGGCAAGGGCUGAUUGCGGGGAAAGGUUGGGGGAAUCUAUUUUUGUGAAAAAGAAGAAAGACUUUAUUGUUGUUAUUUUUGGUAAAAUAAAAGAAGUAAACUAAA